AUGCGGAAGCACAUGGUGGCGUCCUAAAGAAAUGCGUUCAGUUCAGUAGUAACAUCUGCUAAUGGUUAAUUAUACUGUGUUUACUGUAGAUAUUUCCUCUUUAAUCACGCAUUUAUCGUGGUAGCAUCGGACUAAGUUAGUUUGGUCGCUUCAAAUUUAAUACGUUUCUAUCAUGGUUCGAGCGAGGAGGGCAAAACCAGUGCAAAGGUCAAAGAAGACUCAGCAAUAUGAUGAAGAUGACCCUGAAGGCUACAGGGACAUGCCCGUCCCUGAUAAGAAAUCGUCCCAGUACACAAAGGACAAAAUCGAUGAGUUUCAUGAUGAGAAGAUUGCACAACUCCUUGCCCGUGGAGUGCAAGUGGAGAGUGACGAGGAGGAGGUGGAUGAUGAGGAGGAAGUGAUGGCUCUGGAUGAUUCUGAGGAGGAUGAGGAAGAAGAAGAGAUUGAGGAAGAUGAGGAGGAAGGAACUGACAUGGACAGUGAUUUAGAAGGGAAAAAAGAAGAAGAUCUUCCUAAUGAAAUGGCCUGGGGUAGCAAGAAGAAGAUGUAUUAUGACUCUGACUAUCUGACCAAAAAAGGGAAAACACACGAAGAACUGGAAACAGAAGAGCAAGAAGAGGAGGAAGAGGCCAAAAAUAUCCAAAAGCGUUUGGCUGAAAAUCUGAGUGAGGAGGAUUAUGACUUAAACUUUUUUCAGGAGUUCGCUGUAGAGGACAAGGAUGAACAGAAGCCUGUGGAAAAAGAGGAGAGGAUUGUCAAAGACCUGAAACAGAUGUCCCAGAAGGAGAAAAUGAAACUUCUGAAGAAGGAGUCACCUGAACUGCUUGAACUCAUCCAGGACUUUAAGGCAAAGCUUACAGAACUGAAGGAUGAGCUGCGGCCCCUCAUACAGAUGGUCAAGGAUGGAAAGAUCCCACCAGGAAAGGGUGCUAACUACCUGAAGACCAAACAGCAACUCUAUCUAAACUACUGCACAAACAUCAGUUUCUACUUGGUGCUGAAAGCUAAACGAAUCCCUGCUCAUAACCAUCCUGUGAUUGAAAGACUGCUCACCUACAGAAAUCUCAUUAAUGAACUCGGUGCAGUAGAUGCCCGGCUUGCACCACAGUUUCGUAGACUGCUGGAAGGUGAGGAGACCGAUAAGGUCAACAGCAGCUCAGCGGCAACCAAGAAGGCAGCAGUCUCCAAUAAGAAGGAAAAGGAUGCUGAAGAAACAAAGUCUGACUUCACAGAGGACUCAGAGUCUGACCUGGACGAAGAAGCAGCUCUACGUUUCUACAAAGACAUGGAGGAGCGGUUAAAACGAAAGAGAAAGGGUGACACUCCAAUGGUUGAAGGGUUGGAGGACCAGGAAGAUGAAGAACUGGAUCCAGAUGCUAAAAGAGGCAUCACUUAUCAGAUGGCCAAGAACAAAGGGCUGACACCAAAGAGGAAGAAGAUUGACCGUAAUCCCAGAGUCAAACACAGAGCCAAGUUUAAGCGGGCCAUUAUCCGCAGAAAGGGACAGGUCCGUGAGGUUCGGCGUGAGGAGAAGAGAUACAGUGGUGAGAUGUCUGGUAUUCGUGCUGGAGUCAAGAAGAGCAUCAAACUUAAGUAAACAGGAAAAAUUCUUAACCCUGAGAGUGAGACAGCACUGCUGGACUGUACCUGUAAAGGUUUAUUACAUGUGAUCGCUGUAUUAAAGCAUGUCAGUUGAAGCAUUUAACUACAUGUCAUUGUAUAAAGAGACUGAAAUGAUGUUUUUUGUAGUCUGACUUACUGUGCAAUGUUAAUAAACAUUCAAAAAAUGUUCAA